AGAUAGUUUGAAGAGAUUGUAGCACAACUCGAUGCGUAGUGAGACUUUUGAUGAUAGAUGGCAGCACCACGCCAACUGAACCAUUAGACUGUAGCACCAUCUGUUUAGGCAAAUAUUGAAAUUUUCUCCGACCCAGCUGAGCGACAGCUACUCUCGCCAGUUCCAGUUUGCCAAAAAUUUCAAACAGUUUAGGCUUAGCUCGUAAAAAUUUUACAUUAGUGGUGUUACUCUCAGUUAAAAAUAAAUCCUUUAUUUAUAUUGUCCUUUGUGAUUGUCGGACAGUCAAAAUGUUGUAAAUGGUGAUGUGUUGCGGGACAAAUCGAUAAUAAUCUGUGUCGUUUUGUUUUUGUACCGGGUGUUUUGUAUUAGUAAACAAUAGUUGUGAUUAUAGCCCAAAAUGUCCCUCCCUAUAGAAAUUAUAGAGAGGAUAUUAAUGAAAUGUGACGGUAAAACCCUUCUCGGGGCGAGAAAGGUGAACGAGGAUUGGAAAAACAUUGUGGACUACAUAUCACUGAGAACCGAUAUUUGGGAAUGGUGCUGCAAUGAAGACAUACCAAAGAAUGAAUUGGUAGAGUACUUGCAAAAUUAUAAAAGUGAUGAUCCAGAUAAGUGGCUGAAUAUCUACACCAACUGGUCUUCGUGGGAGGAUAUCAAAGAUAUUCGAUGUGAUAUAAUUCGGAGCCCAGUAGAAAUCACCAGAAUCUCAUGUAUCGCAGUCUCUGGAGAAUUCAUAGCUAUUGGAUCGAAUGAUGGAAGAUUGAGGAUAUAUACUAUAGACUGGAAAUUGAUAUACAAAGCCAGAAUUUUGGCUGUGAGAUUGAAUAGCUUAGCAUUCAUGGAAAGUAGAUGUGAAACUACUAGCGGCUGUAUGGACUUACCGUAUUUGACAUUAGUGAUUGCUUUCCACAAAGGUCUACAUAUAUUUUGCUUUGAUGGUGUAAAUGAAACACAACUCGUUAUACAUGAUGUAAAAUCUCAUAGCGUGUACAAGAAUUACGUGUGCUACGAAAAAGUAGGCGGUAGAAUUUACAUCGCCCGGUUAAACCAGACCGAGGGUGGGGGAAAGGAGUUGACGGAGGUAUGGUUCUCGCGCGUGUACUCCCCUUCGAGCAUCUCGUGCAUGAAAAUGUGGGAGGGAGUCUGCACUUUCCUAAUCAACAACGAAGUCAAAAUCAUCGACUACGAGUCCGGCGAUUGCUCUACCAUGGACAUCAUGAAACGGAGGACUCGGAUCAAGUUCAACUUUCCGCUGGUCGAAAGCUCAGAUACCGUGAUUUUGAGGGAUGACGUCAUCAUUCGGUUGUGUAAAAAUGAAGACGAUGUCAAAUGUGACUUCAUUGAAUUUUUCCUUCUGGGAGAAAAUGAUUUGUAUAGCAAGAAGAUGUUUACAACUUGGGAUAACUUCCGUUCAUACAUCACCUGCAUUUACCUAUAUGGCAACACUUUGAUCUUAGGAAUGGACGUUGGAUGCCUUUCAGCUUUCGAUGUCAACAUAACCGCUAUCCUAACUUCCAAACUCCAGAUGGACCACCCUGUAGUUAUUUAGCAUUUAGUUCAGGUGGCUCAUUUUGUCGGUAGGUAUACAUUUAUCAUGUGUCCUGCUGGAAGAACCUGGACAUACGCAAUUACAGUCACAAACUGAUCAUAGGAAAACAUCCGAUCAUCUGUAUGGCUGUAAAAGAAUCUCCUAACGAAAGAAGAUACUACGUCUGUUCAAACUUUACCAUUCACGAGAUAACUGGAUACCUUCCAAACAUAUACUGAGCAGUUUGGGAAAAUAUUACGGUGAAAAAGAUGUGAUUGGUUAUACAUAUAUUGCCGUAGAAAUUUUAUGUAUUCCGUUGCUGCUGUCUCCGCUAGGAUAUAUCAUAUAGUGCUUUUUUAUUUACACUCAUAUUUCAAUUUAAUAAUUGUUGGUUAUAGUACUGCCUCGCAAACCAUAAAUAUUUUGUUUCUGGGCAACACCUUAAAUACCAUAUACUGCAAAAAAUUUUUGGGUCAAUCUUCAUGUGCAAUUCCUAUAAAAAAAUAAUAUAUUUAUGUUAAAAAUAAUAAUUUCUAUUAUACAAGAGCUCAAGAGUUUCAGAAACCUCCCAUAGCUUGAGUUAGUGCUUUUUUAAACUGGUUUCAAAAGAAGUAUUUAGGAAUAUCAUACAUCAUUACAUAACGUCUAUGGUAUUGGUAAGCAUUAGCAUUUUCUGGUAAAGAUUUCAAUAAGCAGUUUGGCUUGCGGUUGGAUCUGGUACGUGUGUCUUUACGAUCUCCUAGGAUCUAUAUCCGUAUAAAUUACAAUAAUUUCCCGCUAAUUGGCAAGGGAAGUAAAACGAGAAAUGUUGGAUGCCAUAUUUUCUCUAUUUGUUUUUACACUUAAAGUGAGGACUGUGAUCAAAAUUGUUACUAUCAUCUGAGAAAGUGAAGUUAAUACUGGACUGUUUGUAUUAUAUUUUUAUACUUUUCAUUUGUUAUGAGAAGAUCAGUAACUUUUAUAAAGAAUAUUUUUUAUUUGUACUUAAGUGUGCAUUAAUAUGUAGUUUGAAAUGUUUACAAAAGGUAUGACAACGGUUACGUUUGUGCGAAACGCACAAGAAGUGUAAUUAUUCUCAUGAUAUCAAAAUCAUCGUUGAAUCGAAUAAAUUGAUUGUUCCCGUAUUUUUGUGAACAUAUGAGUUUUGGGAAAAAUGGUGUUCCUUGGCUUCUAACGCGCUAUCAACGCAGUCAAACACGGAGGAAACUGUAACUGGCAAAAAUGUGUGAAAAUAGUAGAUGCUGUCACAUCUAUCAGGUUUACUAAUUUUAUUCCUUAUCUACUAAACACCUUAUGUGCUGCGAAUUUAAAAACGACCUGUAAUAUCUAAAAGUGAUGUGGCUCUUUGGAUAUUUCAUGUUGCUGUUUUCCGACAUUUUUUCAGAUGAAAGCGAUAUGGCUAUCAGUAUGAGCGCACGUGGCCAUCUUUGAAACGUCGAAAGUCACAACGCGAAAAUUUUGUUUUUGCUCACAUUAGGCUUCAGUUUUGGGCAAAUGUUAUCGCACUUUGACCGAUAUUUUGAUUAUUCGUAUUUUAUGAUUUGCAUCUGAUCCGCACCAUCGGGACAAAUUCUGAGGAUCCCGGAUGUUUUAAGCCCCCUAUUCCUUUGAUAAAGGUGUUUUGAAAAGUUAAUAGAUAGAUAACUAGGAGAAAAAAUUAAGAAAGCAAAGACUUUAGUUUCCUUCCAGAAUUUUACAUAAACUCACUUUUGCCAGUUUCCUCAAUAUGCACUAGCGUUCCAAGCGGCCAUUUUCCAAAUAACUGUAUCCUGCUUCCCAUCCUAGCUUUGUCGACCUUACAUCCAGAACUGGCUUAUUUGUUCCUAGGGUGUCGAGAUUGUGCAACAAUCUGCCUAAGGUUUUUUCUCAGUUUUAUUUUGACACUUCAGAAAUCCGCGCAGCAGUCGCGGUGCCUUGGUAUUUAGGAUUCUGCCUGAGCGGCUGCUUCAACAAAAAAUCCUGAACAGUAUUGUCAGUAUGUACUUCUGUAUCCCAGAGCCAGACUAGGUUAAGUCCAUUUUAGUCAAAAAUGAGUUUAAUAUGCUACAUGCAGCGCCAAUCUAUCUGUAAUAAUAAGGAAGUUACGACUUUUUAACUCGUAUCAAUAUCAAGUCAUAUUCAAUACAAUGCAAGAAAAAUAUUUCAUAUAUAAUUAUCUCAAAUCUACUUAUUUGGACUCAACCUAGUCUGACUCUGAGGUACAGAUUUGCGAUGUUAGAGGAUAUUUGCAGCCUUAAUGUGAGUCUCGUAUCCAAGCUAUAGUCAUCCCCAGCUAACCAUUUUUCUUGAAACUUCUCAUGUAGUUUGUUUUAUACGUACUUUUAUAAUCAUAGGUGUAAUAUAUGGUUUCAAAACUUUUA